CCACUGAUGGGGUGCCUAAAUUCCUCCACUGGACAAACCAAUGAUGGGGUGCUAUUCAUCCCCACUGACACCGAUGAUGGGGACAUAUACCUCCCACUUGAUACCAAUGAUGAGGCACUACGUCCCCACUCCUCCACUGACACUAAUGAUGGGGGCUCUAUUUCAUCCCACUGACACCAUUGAUGGGGCACUAUUCCCUCCCACUGAUACCAAUGAUGGGACACUAUUUACUCCCACUGACACCAAUGGAUGGUUGCCCCCAUCAUUAGUGUCAGUGUGUGUCAACAUUGGUAUCAGUGGCAGGAAUUGCGCCCCAUCAUUGGUGUCAGUGGGAGGAAUAGCGCCCCAUCAUUAGUAUCAGUGGAAGGAAUAGUGCUCGAUCAUUGGUGUCAGUGGGGAGGAGGAGGAAUAGUGCUUCAUCGUUGGUGUCAGUGGGGGAGGAAUAGUGCCCCAUCAUUGGUAUCAGUGGCGAGAAAAGUGCCCCAUCAUUGGUGUCAGUGGGGAGGAGGAAAAGUGCCCCAUCGUUGGUGUCAGUGGGGGGAGGAAUAGUGCCUCAUCGUUGGUGUCAGUGUGG